GCCCUUACGCAGCUUGUGGUCACCAAUUGGGUUGGUGUCAUCAGGUUGUGAAACUGGUAUCAUGGCUGAGGAUACCGAUUCAUUUCCAAUGUUGGGAAGUGUUUACAGAGUUUCAGGUUCCAAGAUCAAUCACAUGAGCCAGAAUUUAGCCAAAAUCAAAACGAAUUCUUCACGGACUGGUGAUUCUCGGGUGAACUCAAGACAGUCCACGAACUUGGCUGGUGAUAGUGGUCCAAGAGCUUGUUAUCCUCAAAAUCCUAGUUCCAAUGUUUGGGGACAUCCAAAUGUAAUUUACAAGCUUGGAAAAUGGGGAAAUGGUGAAUCGGGAGAGACUGAAGGCAAAAGCCAGCAGGCUAACCCAAAACCCCACAAUGCUGUUGAAUAUGGAAAUAAUGAUGAAGUGGGUGACAAUGAUUCUGAUAUCAUGUUUGAUAGUGAUGAUGAUAUUUGUCUUGAUGAUGCUGAUGAUGAAAGCCAUGAAGAACGCAAGAAGAGCAAGUGGUUCAGGGCAUUCUUUGAUGACUUAGGUGGCCUGACCAAUGAGAAUAUAAAUUCACAUUCAAGGGAAUGGCAUUGCCCUGCAUGCCAAGGGGGUAUUGGUGCUAUUGAUUGGUACCAAGGGCUACAGCCCCUAAUGAAACAUGCCAAGACAAUAAAAGCUAGGAGGGUAAGACUGCACCGACUGUUUGCUGAAACUUUGGAGGGGGAGUUGCUGAGUCGAAAGCUCCAGUAA